AUGGCCGACACUCCAACCGGGGGCAGCAGUCGCCCGGCGCGAACGCCCUCAGGACGAACGCCCUCUCAGAGAACUCCCUCCGGACGUGCGACCAAUCCUGAUGCGGCUGUUCACACGCCGCUCGACCGCACCGGGCCUCGCGCGCUCGCCAACUCCGUUCGACGAGGACUCAGCGCCUCGGGCCGCAAGAAUAACAACAAUGCACCGACGCCUCAUGCCACUGCUGCGCGGAGAGCGCUCGAACAGCGCCGGACUGCCAUGUUUACGCCUGGCAAGAAUCGCCGACGCAGCUUGCGCGAACAGCACCAGACGCCCAUGAACAUUUUGAAUCAGCUAGCAAAACGGCUCGCGCCAUCGACGCAGCAUGUCCCCGUGAGCUCAUCGCCGGCCGAAAGGGAGCCGCGAUCGGGUUUGCGGCCGAUAGGAGAGCGCGAAGAGCUGGACGAUGACGACGAUUACAUGGACGAAGAGCCCGACGUCGAGGGGGACUACGACGAUGAUGAUGACGACGACGACGAGCUUCCCGCGCCACCAAGGCUAUCUCUGGCGCUGCAGGAUACCGACGAUGAUACAACAGAGCUUCGACCGCCUCGAUUAUCUGUCAUCCCGGACGACAAUAUCACAAACUACACUGUAGGAUCUGUGGAACUGCCGCGCGAUCAACCUGGAUCGAGAUACUCGCGAGGCAGUCUGGGGAGUGUGCGCGUCAGCGACUACUUUGACCCGAAUGAGCCGACUGUGGAAAUGACGGGGCGGCAGUCAGACUUCUUUCCUGGCUCGUUGUUGGACGACUUGCGAGGCAGAGCAGAAGACAACGCAGCAGCAUUUCAGCGACUCGACAACGACGCUACGAUGCGCACGAUCGGUCGCGAAAGUGGAUUCACACUCGGCGUACCACCAGAUAUGGGAGAUCAAACCACGUUUGUGCUCUCGGAACCCGGCGGUGAUGCGCCUGCCACGUCACCUUUACCAGGCGACUCUGCGACGGCCGCGGCGGAGCGAGCAGGGGGAGACACGACAUACGGCAAUAUCUCGUUUGUCCCAGACAACCCUGAUGUUGAAUAUGUACCACAAUUCGGCGAUGAUGAUGAUGAUGACGACCACCGUGAGCGCGAGGUUUUUGACCAUGACGAACCCACCAGCAAACAGGGCCGCGAAGAACGAGAGGAAGAUGCUGAAGGCGGCCGCCGCAGAGUCUCGGCGCUUGCUGAUGGAGAACCCUUUAUAUCCGAGGGCGAGGACAGCGACCCAGCAGACGCCACGAUCCGCCAGCAAGAUACGAGCAUGGCCCUGGGACGCUCGGCACCAGCACGCCGGGGGCCAAAAUCCAAGAAGAGACAGAAGCGCAUAUCGCGGCACGGCGCCGAGUAUCCGCCCUUGCCACCAGCCUUUGUGCGGCGCGUGGCCCACCGCGCGGUGCAGACGUCGGGCCUGAGCAACCACCGCAUCUCCUCGGACGUGCUGGCGCAGCUGACGCAGGCGUCGGAGUGGUUCUUUGAGCAGCUGGGCGAUGACUUGGGCGCAUACGCAGACCAUGCGAAGAGGACCGUCAUUGAGGAGAGUGACGUUUUGACGUUGAUGAAACGGCAACGACAAAUUGGCUCCGAUGCAACAUUGUUCUCUCUUGCGCAGCGGCAUUUACCCCGGGAGCUCCUUCAGGAAUUACGGAUGCCACAGGCGGCAAACAUUAAAAACCAACGCCACAAGAGCCUGACACAAUAUGACGAUGAUGACGACGAUGACGCUUCUGAGAUUUCAUGA